AGCAGCGUAUGUGUCCAGAACGGCACAUGGGUUGUGCCAGCUCUUCUGGAAAAAUCUACUUGGCUCUGGGCAAGGGGAAAGUCCCUUGGAGCUGCAGCCCCUCUGUAGGAAUUGGUGUUUAGAAAGGCUGAUGGCAGAACGAAAACUCCUCAUUCUUUUUGGCAGCCAGACUGGGACAGCUGAAGACACAGCUGAGAGAAUUGGCAGAGAAGCCAAACGACGCCACUUUCAGUGCAGAGUGGAGGCACUGGACAGCUAUGAUGUGGCAAACCUCAUCAAUGAGCUGUUGGUGGUAUUUGUGUGUGCAACUACUGGCCAGGGCGACCCACCUGACAACAUGAAGAUGUUCUGGCGGUUUCUGUUCCGGAAGAACCUGCCACCCAGUUCCUUGUGCCAGAUGGACUAUGCUGUGCUGGGCCUCGGAGACUCCUCUUAUCCCAAGUUUAAUUUUGUUGCGAAGAAGCUGCACAAACGGGUGCUACAGCUUGGGGGCAGCCCUCUGUUGCCAGUGGCACUGGGAGAUGACCAGCAUGAUUUGGGAUCAGAUGCAGUGGUUGAUCCAUGGCUCGUGGACUUAUGGGACAAGAUCCUUUCCUUGUACCCUCUCCCUCCUGGUCUUGAGAUCAUCAGUCCAGAUGUGCGCCUGCCCCCAAAGUACACCCUGCACUACCUGGCUGAGGACUCCUCAUGCUCUGAUGGUGGCCUGCUCCAACCAAGAGCACCCAGGGCUGUUCCCACGGAACUACAUCCCUUUGCUGCUCGGAUGGUGUCCAAUCAGCGGGUCACAGCAGAAUCCCAUUUCCAGGAUGUCCGGCUCAUUGAGUUUGAUGUUACAGGCUCAGGAAUCACGUUCAGCGCAGGAGACGUGGUGAUGAUCCAGCCCCAGAACUCCCCUGAAGAUGUGCAGCAGUUCUGCCAACUCCUACGCCUGGAUCCAGACAGAUACUUUGUGCUGAAGCCCUCAGAGCCUGGCACAGCCCUCCCUGCCCUGUUGCCACAGCCCUGCACUAUCCAGCAGCUGGUUACCCAUUACCUUGACAUCUCCUGCGUGCCCCGCCGCUCCUUCUUCCAGCUCUUGUCCUCCUUCUCUCCGAAUGAACUGGAGCGGGAGAAGCUGCAGGAGUUCAGCUCUGCACAGGGCCAGGAAGAGCUGUACAGCUACUGUAACCGGCCCCGCAGGACCACUCUUGAGACCCUUUGGGAUUUCCCUCACACCACAUGCGCCAUUCCACCUGAGUAUCUGCUGGACCUCAUUCCUCGUAUCAGACCUCGCGCCUUCUCCAUCGCUUCCUCUAUGCUGGCUCACCCCAACCGGAUUCAGAUCCUUAUGGCAGUAGUGCAGUACAAGACGCGGCUCAGCAAACCCCGUCGUGGUCUCUGCUCUACUUGGUUGGCUUCUCUCAACCCACAACAUGGAGAUGUCCGGGUGCCUCUUUGGGUGAAGAAAGGAGGAAUGAAGUUCCCAGCUGACCCUGACACUCCCGUGAUCAUGAUUGGCCCUGGCACAGGAGUAGCACCCUUCCGAGCAGCAAUACAAGAGCGUGUAGCACAGGGACGGAGAGGAAACUGCUUAUUCUUUGGCUGCCGACAGAAAUCCAAGGACUUCUACUGCCAGUUGGAGUGGGAAGAGCUGGUGACGAAGAGCUUCCUGAUGCUUUUUACAGCCUUCUCCAGGGACCAGGAGGAGAAGGUGUAUGUUCAGCACCGUAUCCGAGAGAACCGAAAGCUGGUGUGGGAGCUGCUGAGCAGCAGGAAUGCCCACAUCUACCUGGCUGGGAAUGCCAAGCAGAUGCCAGCAGCAGUGAUUGAAGCCCUGCAGUCGGUGUUGCAAUUGGAAGGUGGCCUGUCGCCCUCUGAAGCUGAAGAGUAUUUCACAGCCCUGGAACGAUCGCAGCGCUUCCAGUCUGAAACCUGGUCAUAAUCCUGGCUUCUAGCCCUUCCCCUUCCUCCCUGCGAGCUGUAUGGGAGAGCCUGUGCCCAAAUAAAGGAGCCAGAAAAAUGA